CCCUACACUUUUUUCGAAAGGCUUGUGGACAGUUGUAGUAGUAGUGUGAGUUAUGCAAUAGAAAUAUAGGUGACUAAACAAGUCGACUAGUUUCAAAUUCAUUUUCCUAUCACAUAUUGAAUUGUGCCACACUUAUUAAAAGUGGGUUAUAGAUCCGCUGAAAUGGAUUGGAUAUCAUUCUCGUGAAAAUCUCAAAACCUACUCAAUGAACGAAGCUUAUUAAUAGAUAGAUCUGAAGUUGUGGAACCUCCUUCCUGAAAAUUCAGAACAAAAAUGGAUCCAUUUGGAGUUGGAGAUAUGUUUGAAGAGGAUAGCAAUAAUAAGUUAAACCAUGAUCAAACAGUGCAGUUUGAAUCUCCGACACAUACGGGAAUUUUGCUUUCCGGGCUCAAUAAUUUGCGGUCAAGAAACCUUCUAGUCGAUGUCACAUUAAUUGCAGAUGGACAGUCUUUUGAGGCGCAUCGGGUUGUUUUAGCAUCAAUAUCAGACUAUUUUCGAUCUAUGUUUACAUCCGAUGUAAGGGAAAGCAAUCUUAAAGAGAUUACCCUGGAGGGCGUAUCUGCUCGAGGAAUCCAAUACCUAUUAGAUUAUGCUUACACAUCGAGAUUGUCCCUUAACUUGUUAAAUAUUCAAGACGUUCUCUCCACUGCUAGUCAUGUGCAAGUUACUACUGUAGUGGAAGCCUGUUCCAGUUACUUGCAGGAGCAACUAGAUCUUGAAAACUGCGUAGAUAUUGUGACUCUGGCCGAGACCUACUCCUUACAUCAGUUAAGAAAACGUGUGUACCGAUUCAUCUGCGGUCAUCUGAUGGACUUUUCUCAAACCCAAGACUUUCAAAGACUAUCCGUGGCACAAUUAGAAUAUCUACUUCAGUGUGAUUAUUGUGUAGAUUGUACCGAAGCGGAAGUUUUACAAAUAGUUUUACAAUGGGUCGAGUUCGAUACUUGCAGAAUACAACAUUCUACACGACUAUUGAGCAAGAUCAAUUUUGAGGAAAUUCCUCCGAAAUGCCUCGGCCAAAUGUGGGAUUAUACAAUACUUCACUGUGUCUGCUCACAGUCAAAUUCAGAUUCAAUUUACAAACUCAUAGUGUCUCAAGUGCUAAUUGAUCAAGCAGCAUUUAUCCAACGGAAAAAGCCAACUGCCAGCCUAGUCAAUUCUAGGGGGAUGGAAUUAGCGAUUAUUAAAGUUGGCGGAUUUGGUAUUUCGGGAGUCACAAAUGAAAUUACUUACUAUCUGCCCAGCAUUGGCCAUUGGAAGAGAUUGACAACAAUUCCUCAUGUUGAACAAUCAAAUUUUGGAAUGACGGUUUUAAAUAACGAACUGUACGUCGUUGGAGGCUGCUUUAAUCAAUGUUUACAGGAAAAUAUUCAUCCGUUCGGAUUCUCUUACAAUCCUCGGUUUAGCAAGUGGUCGACAAUGGCCCCAAUGUUAACAGAACGAUGUAGGUUCACUUUAAAUGUUGUUCAAGACAAAAUAUAUGCAGUCGGAGGCGCUAGUGAAAAUGUUGACGACAUUGCUGGUACUACUGAAGCUUGCGCUUGCGAGUCUUACAAUCCUGCAACAGAUUCAUGGUCACAAAUUGCACCUCUAACGACUGGUCGAACGCAGCAUGCUGGCGCUGCUUGGAAUAAUCUGCUCUUUAUUUCAGGAGGGUUAGAUCAUGACGUUGUUAGUAAUGCGUUACUCUGUUUUAAUACAUUGACAAACGAGUGGACAAUAAAGCUAGCCUUACUAACUGCUAGGGCUGAUCACGCAAUGGUAACUUAUAAGGACAAGUUGUAUGUAUGUGGUGGUUGGUGUGAAGACGAAGCAAAUGGUAACCGUUUCUUAGUCGGGACAAUCGACGAGUAUGAUAUACGAAAUGAUAGGUGGACAGUUGUUACCGAAAUACCCACUCCUCGGUAUCAUGCGGGAAUAACGUUAAUUCAGAAUAAGCUUCAAAUAAUUGGGGGUUUUCACAGUGAUGCUACAUUUGAUAGAACCACAGGCGUGAUUGAAUGUUUCGACUUGGAUACCGCCGAGUGGUCGACAAUGUCUCCGUAUCCUCAAGAUUUGUGGGAACAUUGUUGUGCAAGUUUAUAUAUUCCCCGAUCAAGAGACGACAUGGAUGUUAUUCAAGACAUCCAAAGAUGAAAUUUUGCGCAAUUGACUUUAAUAUUUAUGAUAUUAUGUACGAAUAGACGAAUAAGAAAUGAGGAAAUUGCCAUUGUGAUAAUUUUAAUUUCGGUAUCACAACCCAAUUUUAUUAUGUUAUGUAUUUUGAUUGAAAAGUUAAAACUAUGUAGGCUAGACAAGUAAGAUACAAACUUAUUGCAAUGUAAAAUUUUGUUUUUGAAUAAAACAGCAGAAAAUGAUGCUCAGGUAUUGUAAAA